CCACACCAGCCGGGCUCUAGUCUAGGCGACAAAGCGCCUCGCGUCAGUAGGUUUGUCAGUGGAUGAGUUGAGAGGUGAGGCAACUUGGCGGCGGAAGCUAGGUCAAGCAGCAACAAAUACCACAUCAGAACUGCCAUCUACCAACCUCGACAACACGAUUCCUAAACUCUACCAACGAACAUUUUCACCACCACACAAACCCCGCGAGGUCUGUCAAUUUACAAAAUCGGAGAACCGCCAUCCGACGUCGAUUGUCCAGGCGGACCACCGAUUCCGCCAAUCUUGCUGGGAGCAUUGUUGAGCCCUUCACCUAUCUGCCCGCGCGCAUCUCUGCAAACCCUAUCACACAAUCAUGGCGCCCGAUGCCGAUAGCUCCAAGGCUGCCGACAAGGGCAAAGCUAUUGAGACGCCCGAUGAUGUGAAGAAGGACAAGGAUGGAAAGACGGUGGUGAAUGGCAAGUACGAAGACAAGAUCAACUCCACUGAGGAGUUGAGUGAAGAGGAUCAGCAGCUUAAAAAUGAGCUCGACAUGCUUGUCGAGAGGCUCACGGAAUCCGAUGCAUCUCUGUACAAGCCAGCCCUCGAGGCAAUGAAGAACUUCAUCAAGACGUCGACAUCUUCCAUGACGGCUGUGCCGAAACCUUUGAAGUUUCUCCGACCUCACUACGAGACGAUGACGAAACUAUACGAAGCAUGGCCCACCGGCGACAACAAGGUGUCUCUGGCAGAUGUGCUUUCGGUCAUAGGCAUGACCUUUUCCGAUGAGGACCGCCAGGACACCCUCAAGUACCGGCUUUUGGCCCCUUCACAAGACAUCAGCUCCUGGGGACAUGAGUACACCCGUCACCUAGCUUUGGAGAUUGGCGAGGUCUAUGCCAAGAGGAUAGCAGCAGAGGAGUCAACCAAGGACCUUGUCGACCUCGCCCUGGUUUUGGUACCUCUGUUCCUGAAAAGCAACGCAGAAGCCGACGCCGUGGAUCUGAUGAGCGAGCUCGAGAUCAUCGAGCAGCUUCCCAAGUUUGUCGACGAAAACACGUACGCGCGCGUCUGCCUGUACGUGGUCUCGAUGGUAAAUCUCCUCACUUACCCAGAGAACGAGCAGUUUUUACGAGUUGCGCACGAUAUCUACAAGCAGUACAAGCAACACACACAGGCAAUGGUUCUCGCAAUCAGGCUGAACGAUUCGGACAUGAUCUACAACGAGUUUGAGAAGAUCGAAGACCCCGCCCUCAAGAAGCAGUUGGCCUUCUUGAUUGCGCGGCAAAAGAUCCUGCUUCCCGACCCGGACACAGAGGACCAGGAACUGACUGAGUGUUUGGGUAACAUCCGGCUUUCGGAGCACUUCAAAUCACUGGGCAAGGAACUCAACAUCCUGGACCCCAAGACUACCGAAGACAUUUACAAGAGCCAUCUUGAGAGCAGUCGUGUGGCUGGUAUGACUAACCUGGACUCUGCCCGUCACAACUUGGCUGCAGCUUUCGUGAAUGCUUUUGUCAACGCUGGGUUCGGUAACGACAAGAUGAUGCUCGUUGAUGACAAGGAGAGCUGGGUUUGGAAGACCAAGGACGAAGGCAUGAUGUCGACGGUUGCAUCCAUGGGUACACUGCUUCUGUGGGAUGUGGAGGCUGGAUUGGACAAGGUUGACAAGUACACAUACGCCGACGAGGAGCAGAUCCAAGCCGGUGCCCUCCUUGCCAUUGGAAUCAUGAACUCGGGAGUGCGGCUGGAUUCUGAGCCUGCCAUGGCUUUGCUGUGCGACCCGGACAAGCUGCACCACAAGAACCCUCUCGUCAGGAUUGCAGCUAUCAUGGGCUUAGGAUUAUCAUAUGCGGGCUCUAACAAGCUUGAGCUGUUGGUUGAGCUCGUGCCCAUGAUCACUGAUUCUUCACUAGACAUGCAGAUCUCGGCCAUGGCAGCACUCUCGUGUGGUCUGAUUUUUGUUGGCACAUCUAAUGAUGAGGUCAGCGAAGCCAUUGUCAACACUCUGCUUGAUGAGGACAGGAGAUCUCAGUUGACCGACAAGUGGACACGGUUCCUCGCUCUUGGUCUCGGUCUCCUUUUCUUUGGUCAGCAGGAAGAAGUGGACGUCAUUCUGGAGACUUUGAAGGCUGUCGACCAUCCUGUGGGCAAGCCCAUCGCAGUCCUCGCAGAGAUCUGCGCUUGGGCUGGCACUGGUGCUGUCCUCAAGAUCCAGGAGCUCCUGCAUAUCUGCAACGAGCAUCUUGAAGAGUCGGAGGAGAAGAAAGGCGAUGAGCUUCUUCAGGCCUAUGCUGUGCUUGGUAUCGGCUUGAUUGCCAUGGGCGAGGAUGUUGGCCAGGAGAUGGUGUUGCGCCACUUUGGUCACCUGAUGCACUAUGGCGAGGCCAACAUCAGGCGCGCGGUACCUCUGGCUAUGGGUCUCGUCAGCCCAAGCAACCCUCAAAUGAAGGUUUACGAUACAUUGUCGAGGUACUCUCACGACAAUGACAACGAAGUGGCCAUCAACGCCAUCUUCGCCAUGGGUCUCCUGGGUGCCGGAACGAACAACGCCCGCCUGGCUCAGCUGCUGAGGCAACUCGCAAGCUACUACCACCGCGACCAAGACUCUUUGUUCAUGGUGAGGAUUGCUCAAGGCCUGCUGCACAUGGGCAAGGGCACCAUGUCAAUCAGCCCCUUUCAUACCGACCGUCAAAUCCUUUCAAGAGUAUCGGCAGCCGGUCUGCUUGCCGUCUUGGUGACCAUGCUCGACGCCAAGAGCUUCAUCACCUCAAACUCUCACUACUUGCUUUACUUCUUGGUCACGGCUAUGCACCCGCGCUUCUUGGUCACUCUUGACGAGGACCUGAAGCCCCUGACCGUCAACGUCAGAGUCGGUCAGGCCGUCGAUGUUGUCGGCCAGGCCGGUAGACCCAAGACUAUCACCGGAUGGCAGACUCAGAGCACGCCAGUGCUCUUGGCUUACGGGGAGCGAGCCGAGCUGGAGGACGAGGAGUACAUCAGCCUUAGCAGCACUUUAGAGGGACUCGUAAUUUUGAAAAAGAAUCCGGACUGGGAGAGUGGCAAUUAAAGCGCUCAACUUUUAACAAGCAUGACUCCAAGGUUUUACGGGCAUGGGAAAGGGCCGGAACUGGGCGGUUGUUGAUUGGCAACAGGGCCACACAACCGAACCGACAUGGCACUAGGUCUACCCAGAUGACACUGUACAAUAAUAGGUUUUGCUCACCCAGGUGGCGGAUAGAUCGCCAGUAUCCCGGGGGGUUUAUUCAUCACUCUGAGAUAGACAGUUGGUUCUUUUCUUUCCCCUACCCUGUCCUGCACUCGAGCAACUGCAAAAGGAAAAAAAAAAAAAAGUUCUAGCUACUCGACAAUGUCUCCAAAAAUUGGCAAUAUGAAGAUCGCGAUGAAGUAGCAAAGAAAAAAAGGUAGAAUUCGUGACAUUAUCAUUAUAUGCAAUUUUGUUUUUAAUUUUUUUUUUUUUUUUUUUUUUUUGCAAGA